UUAUAUCCACAAUUUGACCAAAAUUGAAAUUAAUUCCAAAUCUUUUCAAAUUUGUAUUUUUUAAUUUUAAAAAUCAUCAAAUCGAAUUCGUUAGAAAUUAAACCAAGUAGCACCGAAAUUUCUAUGCAACCCCUUACCGUUGUUCUUCUUCUUCAAAAACGGAAAAAGGGGAAAGAGCUUGUCGUUGAGAAAGAGCUUCCAUGAAUCCUCGUCCAUGGCAACUCCAAAGAAACCUCUCUCUUCACCACCAGGCCUCGCCAAGGGAAAUUUCGUCCUUCUUGUUGAAACCAUGAGUCGCAGAGCCAAUUCAAAGCUCUUUGUCUUCGCCUUCCUCUCUCUCCUCGCCUUCCUCUCCGUCUCCUUCUAUGGAUCACGCGAUGUAAACUACCAGACCGACCUCGAUUUCCCGCCAACCAGACCUAAGAUCACGAAUCCUUCCAGCCACGCGAUAACGAUUACGGAGAAUGUUGAUGAGGAGCUCAGCCGCGGAUUGAAUCGUCGGGUGUCGUCCGUCAAAGAUAGCUCCGUCGAUUCAGUUUCGGUUCUGUUGCCGGAUUGGGAGGUUCUGAUGAUUGUGUCUCCGCGGAGUGUUGUAGAUUCGGGAGAGAGUCUAUGGUGUCUUUACGCGAAUAAUGCUACUUCAAAGGCGAUUUUCGCCGGGGUCUUGCCGUCUACGAACCAGACGACGUUCAAGUGCUUGUUUCCGGAAAGCGCGCGCCGCCGGAAGAUGUUCCUGCAGUCGGUGUUAUUGACUCGAUCUCCGGAGAAGGAAAAGUCUUCGGAGGCGGCGCCAAUGAUGAUCCAGUGGAGUUUCAUGGCAUACGAAUCGUUUUCGACCGAAGACGACGUCGUGUUAUUCGCCAAGGGAAUGAAUAACCGUCAAGGUAUCAACAGGUCUCCAAGCGAGUUCAAUUGCGUGUUCGGCAAUAACGGCGCGAAAACGGCCGUCACUAGCUCCACGCAGGAGGUGUUCCGGUGUCCGCACCCGAACGUAACGGCGUUCGAUUCUGGCGGGGAGGAUGAUGAUAGACACAAAAUCAAAAUCUCCCUCGAAAUUUCUGGAGAAAACCUGCUGGUCCCCUCCGUUGCGUACUACAAUCCCCCGCUCACAAUAGCACUCCCAAGGAGAAAAUCCUUAUUGUGCGCAUGCACAAUGGUCUACAACGUGGCCAAAUUCUUAAGGGAGUGGAUUACUUACCAUUCAAAAAUCGGCGUCGACCGGUUCAUAUUAUACGAUAACAACAGCGACGAUGAUUUGCAGACGAUCGUUAAGGAUCUUAAUCAAGAGGGUUAUGACAUUGAAACUCUGUUAUGGAUUUGGCCAAAGACCCAAGAAGCUGGUUUCUCUCAUGGGGCUGUAUACGCUAACGAUUCGUGUUCUUGGACAAUGUAUGUUGAUGUCGACGAAUUCAUUUUUGGUCCAAAUUGGAAUAAUUCAGAGAACCCAUCAGAUCAAAUGCUCAAGUCCUUGUUACCAUCAUCAUCGGAGCGUCAUCAUCAUCAUCAGAUUGGGCAAGUCUCGUUGAGUUGUAAUGAAUUCGGGCCGUCGGAUCAGAAACAACAUCCAGUUGAGGGAGUGACACAAGGGUAUACGUGUCGGAGACUGGAGGAGAACAGGCACAAAUCUAUUGUUCUGUUGGAUGCAAUUGAUCAUUCGUUGCUUAAUGUGAUUCAUCAUUUUGCGUUGAAGGAGAAUUACAGGAGCAAGCAAGUGAGCAUGGAGGUUGCAUUGGUGAACCAUUACAAGUACCAAGCGUGGCCGGAGUUUAAGUCCAAGUUCAGGAGGAGGGUAUCGGCUUAUGUGGUGGAUUGGACAAAAGCCACGAACCCCAAGUCAAAGGACCGGACUCCGGGAUUGGGGUUUGAGGCCAUUGAGCCUCAAGGGUGGGCUCACAAGUUUUGUGAAGUUAGAGAUGAAAGGUUGAAGAAUUUGACACAAACAUGGUUUGGGAAUAAAACUUCUAAUGGGCUUAAGAUGGCUUGGCAAAGGUGAGGUGAAUAUUCAAGAUGGCUUUUACACAAAUAGGACAUUGAUUGGGAGGGUCAAAAAACAAAGGUGACCCUGUUUUCACAAUUUUAUUAAUACAUAUUACUGUUUGUUAAUAUAGGUUGGUGAGGUUGGGGGAUUGGGAGUCUGGGACUUAAUUCUUUAAGUGGUGCUUUAGGAAUUUGUCAUGUCCUUUUUUGGUGCUUUAUUUUUUUUAGGUAAGAUUGUUAGAAGAGAAAGGGAUUAUUUCUUUCUUCCUUUCUUGUAAUGCAACUCUUUUUAGGUUUAAUUUUGCCGAUUGGAAUACUUUAUCA